CCGCGAUACAGCACCAGUCUGUGCGCGGUAGUGUGGCGGGUAGCACGCGUUACGCCACAUCUUCCUUAUCACGUAGAUAAUAAGUUUCAUUGUGCGAAAUGACAGUGGAUUUGGAGUGCGCCGGGCCCAUGGAGACUAAUUCCCUGCUCCCCGACAGGAAGGGCAGUCACACGGGGGUGACCAUCGUGCCGGCGCAGACCAAGAGGCUGACACAUCUGCCCAAGCGGCCGCCAGUGGACCUGGCGUUCACGGACCUCACGUACAAAGUCCGGGAAGGACGCAAGAGCAAUGAGAAGACGAUCCUCAAGUCAGUGUCGGGGCGGCUGCGGUCGGGGGAGCUCACCGCCAUCAUGGGACCGUCCGGCGCCGGCAAGUCCACCCUCCUCAACAUACUCACAGGAUACAAGACAUCGGGUAUGGAAGGCAGCAUAACCGUCAACGGCAUGGAGCGCAACCUGUCCAGCUUCCGCAAGCUGUCGUGCUACAUCAUGCAGGACAACCAGCUGCACGGCAACCUCACUGUCGAGGAGGCGAUGGUUGUCGCAACCUCGCUCAAGCUGUCCACGGCAACCACGACCGCUGAUAAGGAGGAAGUGAUCGAAGAAAUCCUGGAAACACUCGGUCUGACAGAGCACCGCACGACAAUGACGUCAAAUCUCUCCGGUGGCCAGAAGAAGCGGCUAUCCAUAGCCUUGGAGCUGGUCAACAAUCCGCCUAUCAUGUUCUUCGACGAGCCCACCUCUGGUCUCGACAGUUCCUCCUGCUUCUCCUGCAUCAAGCUGCUGCAGUCCCUGGCGAGAGGCGGCAGAACCAUCAUCUGCACGAUCCACCAGCCCUCCGCGAGGUUGUUCGAGAUGUUUGACCACUUGUACACAUUGGCUGACGGACAAUGCGUGUAUCAAGGCAGUACUGGACGAUUAGUGGAGUGGCUGGGCAGCCUGAAGCUGCAAUGUCCCUCAUACCACAACCCCGCCUCCUUCAUCAUUGAGGUGUCCUGCGGUGAAUACGGAGACAACACCGGCAAGCUGGUCCGCGCUAUCGAGAACGGCAGGAAUGAUAUUAGAAACGGCAUGCCUCUCCCCAACCAGCCGGAGUACAACAACAAGAGCGACAUGGCGGCGUCGCUGGCGGUAUACGACAAGAACGACGCCGCCAACGUGCGAGACAAGGACGGCGAGAGCGCGCCGAACGGGACGAACGGACUGCAGAAUGGACUGCUCCAGUACGCCGCUAAUGAGAUCUCCAAGGGGAAAGGUGACCUGGUCGUCCAGAUGGACACGGAGAAGCAGGACAACGCGUCGGUGGCGCUGCUGGGCGAAGGCAGCUCCCCGCGCCGCUACGCCACCUCCGAGCUCACGCAGUUCUGGGUCGUGUUGAAGAGGACGCUGCUGUUCAGUCGCAGGGACUGGACUCUGAUGUACCUGCGUCUGUUCGCUCACAUCCUCGUCGGGUUUCUGAUCGGUGCUCUGUACUACAACAUCGGCAACGACGGCAGCAAGGUGCUCUCCAACCUCGGCUUCCUGUUCUUCAACAUGCUUUUCCUCAUGUACACCUCCAUGACCAUCACUAUAUUGAGUUUCCCUCUCGAGAUGCCCGUGCUGGUUAAAGAACACUUCAAUAGAUGGUAUUCGCUGCGCUCCUACUACCUCGCUAUUACAGUCUCCGAUAUACCGUUCCAAGCGAUAUUCUGCGUGAUGUACGUGGUGAUAGUGUACCUGCUGACCUCACAGCCUCUGGAAUGGUUCCGCUUCUCCAUGUUCCUGUCGUCGUGCCUGCUCAUCUCCUUCGUGGCUCAGAGCGUGGGACUCGUCGUCGGCGCGGCUAUGAACGUCCAGAACGGUGUGUUCCUGGCGCCGGUGAUGUCGGUGCCGUUCCUGCUGUUCAGCGGUUUCUUCGUGUCGUUCAACGCGAUCCCGGUGUACCUGCGGUGGAUCACGUACGUGUCCUACAUCCGGUACGGAUUCGAGGGCACCGCGCUCGCCACUUACAGCUUUAAUAGGACCAAGCUGCAGUGUCAUCAGACGUACUGCCACUUCAAGAACCCCCUCACCACGCUAGAGGAGCUAGACAUGCUGGACGCGGACUUCACGCUCGACAUCGCUGCCCUCUGCCUCAUAUUCCUCAUCCUCCGUAUCGCCGCCUUCCUCUUCCUCCGCUGGAAGCUCAAGUCCACGCGAUAAGGAGGGCCCGCCCCGUCUGACACUUGCCGGUCUGACAGCUGUCAACUCCUCCUUCUUUUGCAAUUCGGAAGUUAGGUUUUUGCCACCUUUGUCGUGUAUUGCACAAAGUUUUUAUAGCGGCAAAUUUAAUUUUUCUCGUUUCAAAUUACAACCGCUAAUGAUUGUAUAAGUGUCAGUGAUGAGGUUUUGCCUGUUUAGGUGUAAUUUAGUGUAAGCGAUAAGUGGCCGCUUAGUGUAUUUAGUUGUUAAAGUAAAAAAUAUAUUGUGAUGUUAUUAUAGAUUCGUCCGCGGAACUCAUUCCAAAUAAAUGUGAUUAAACUUUUUUUAUUAAACAUGACAAAUAUUCGUGAUCGCUUUGUAAUUAUGUGCCUUUAUGAGAUAUACUCGACGUUCAGU